UGACGCGAUUCUGUCCGCGUUGGAGCGGGCGGGCCGCCGCCAGAGUCUCCGCGGCCGCCGUGUGACGUGGCACAGCCGAACACUUAACGCCGUGCCGGAGCCACCGCACCAGUUGCCGAGCAGCUCCGGGUCCCGCUGCGUCGCGUUCCCACGGCUCCGCCGACCCGCCGCCAGCGAGCCUGCUCUUCUGCCUUCCUCCGCCGCCCGGUUGAUCGGGAGCCGGGACCGAGAAGGCCCGAGGACGCAUCGGACCCCUCUCCUGACCGUCUCUCGUGCCACCGCCGCUAUGGGCCUCACCAUCUCCUCCCUCUUCUCUCGCCUCUUCGGCAAGAAGCAGAUGCGCAUUUUGAUGGUUGGAUUGGAUGCUGCUGGAAAGACGACAAUUCUGUAUAAACUGAAAUUAGGGGAGAUAGUCACCACCAUUCCUACCAUUGGUUUUAAUGUGGAAACAGUAGAGUAUAAAAACAUCUGUUUCACAGUAUGGGAUGUUGGUGGUCAAGAUAAAAUUAGGCCUCUCUGGAGGCAUUACUUCCAGAAUACCCAGGGUCUUAUUUUUGUGGUAGAUAGCAAUGAUCGUGAAAGAAUUCAAGAAGGAGCAGCUGUGCUGCAGAAAAUGCUUCUGGAAGAUGAGCUGCAGGACGCAGUGCUGCUGCUGUUUGCAAACAAACAGGAUUUGCCAAACGCUAUGGCCAUCAGCGAGAUGACGGAUAAGUUAGGUCUUCAGUCUCUCCGGAACAGAACAUGGUAUGUUCAAGCCACUUGUGCUACACAAGGAACUGGUCUGUAUGAGGGACUCGAUUGGCUGUCAAAUGAACUUUCAAAACGUUAAAUGAACCUGGAUAUCCAACCAAGGACAUGUUUGAUAGAAUUGAUCUAGACUUGUUACAACAAAAUUAGUUUGCAUCUUGGUUAUUAAAGAAUAUCUGAGACAGGUUUGGGCAGAAUAUUACAGCAUUUAAAACUUAUUUUGUUGCCAAUUAUUGUUUACCAAGCACAAUGUUGCUAUUUAGCAAUAUGCUUGGGUGUAAGAGAAAUU